UUCUUUUGCACGUGGGGAAUGUUACGUGCGAACUCCUUUCUCGUCCACCGUGCUUGAAUGCUCUCUUCCGGUCGACAAAGCCAGAGUUUGCGAAUGAUAGUUUGCCGGUCUCUUUUCAGAGUCGACCGCUUCUUGAAAUAUACAACUCCGUAUGUCCUACACCAGACGGGACUUUAUGCUUAUAAUGGUUGGAGAUUGAAUGCAAAUAUGACUGGUAAAACGGAAUUUAAGAGUGCCGCUGACCAGAAGAAAAAGCGCAAAACAAUCAGCCAAGCAUGGAGACCAGUGUGUACCCACGCUUGUUCUUCUGAGGAUUUGUCGGUUAAGGAUGAUAGAGUUGAGUCAGAGGAUGGAAGUCAAGUUCAAGAAAUGGACUGCAGAAUGCAUUCCAGUACAGCUAGUGCUCAACCAGUAGAAGUAGUUGAAGAAAUUAAUGUCGUGACUGAGCUAAGUGUAAAUGUUGGUGGAGACACGAACUUGGAGGGUCAAUCUGUGCCUUCUGGUGAGAAGUUUUCAGUGAAACUGAAUGUAGGGAGCUCUCUAAUUCGAUUUGUCAGAGGGAAAGGUGGAUCUACACAGGAAAGGAUUGAAGAAGAGAUGGGAGUCAAGAUAAUGAUUCCAUCAUCUAAGAGGGAAGAAUUCGUUGUUAUUGAAGGUAACUCGGUUGACAGUGUAACCAAAGCUUCAGAAAAAAUACAAUCAAUAAUUGACGAGGCAACUAAAAGCCCGAGUCUUGAUUACUCACAUUUUGUGUCCCUUCCUCUGGCUAUACACCCUGAAUUAGUCGAGAAGCUUAUUAAUUUCCAGAACUCCAUAUUACGAAGUUCUGAGUCUUGCUUGGAUGAGACCGAGGAUAGCGAUACAAAUGAAGAUAAUACAGACAAUGAAGUUGAGGUUCAACAUACUGUUAAUGCACCAGAUGUUGCAGUUGAACUUCAGGUGGAUGAUAAACGUGAGCAAAUCAAAGCGAACAUAAAUAUACCUGUCGUCAGCUAUCUUCCUAAAACUUCAAAGGUUUCUACGCCAUCUGAUUUGGGCAUUGACAAGUCAAUAUUUAUAAAACCUAAAACAUUUCACCUAACGGUACUUAUGUUGAAGUUGUGGAACAAGGAGCGAGUUGAUGCUGCUUCUGAAGUCUUGAGGGGUAUCUCCUCUAAAAUAAUGGAUGCUUUGGAUAAUAGGCCAGUACUAAUUAGGCUCAAGGGGUUGGAUUGUAUGAGAGGUUCUUUGGCCAAAGCCCGUGUUCUCUAUGCUCCUGUGGAAGAGAUCGGCGACGAAGGAAGACUGUUACGUGCCUGUCAAGUCGUUAUUGAUGCAUUUACCGAAGCUGGACUUGUUCUGGAGAAAGAUGCAAAACAUAAAUUAAAGUUGCACGCUACUGUUAUGAAUGCAAGACAUAGGAAAAGUAAGAAGAAAAAGAAGUUCGAUUCAUUUGAUGCUCGUGAGAUUUUCAAGCAAUAUGGUUCGGAGGAGUGGGGUGAGUAUCAUAUCCGUGAAGCUCAUCUCUCACAAAGAUUUGUGUUUGAUGAAAAUGGAUACUACCAUUGCUGUGCUUCCAUACCUUUCCCUCAUGAACAACAACAUAUGCAAGUUGAUUGAUCAUUUACCUAAACUCCAAUCACAAUCCUUUCAAGUUAUAAUUACAAUUUCUUUCUGUUUGUAGAAUUUGGCUAUGUGCAUUUAUUUCAACUUAGUUCUUAAAUGCUUCUUUUCUUCUUAGGAACCAACUAGAAAGUUCUGAGUUGAGAAAUAAUACUUUUAAAAAUGUUCUUCUCCUCCUCCCUUUUUUGGGUGACAGUUUCAAGAAUUUCAUCUCUAGAAUUCCCUUUUAUUUAAUGAAUCAAUUAUACUUAUUGUUUUUUUAA